CUAUAGACUUGCGGAGUUGGGAAUGGUUCUAAAAAUACUCAUUUUCGCCCUUUUGUUGUUUAUGCUUUACUCAUUGCCAAGAAAUGUGUUCAUAUUUGGCAUAUACGAGUAUAUCUAAAUCAUUGUAUUCUUUGGGCUGUCAAUGUAAAUAAUAACACAGAAAUCAUUCCACGCGAGUCAGUGUCGCGAAUCGAAGUCCAAUUUUAUUGCAUUCAAUUAUUAAAAAUAUCAGUUAAAAAAUGACCGAUUUCGUACUUAAUAGCCCUACUUCUAAUCAAAACUUUCAGAAAGUAUGCCGAUUGUGUCUGAGUGAAGAAUCGUUAGAAGACAUUUUUGAACAAAACGACCUAACCGUAUGGAUUUCGGAUCUUCUCUCGAUUGUGGUUUCCCAAAGCGAUCGAAUUAGCCAUUGGAUUUGUGUUCUCUGUCGAAUACGCAUGCAAGAAUUCCGAGAGUAUCAGUCCCGAUGUUUGGAAGUCCAGGAAGUUCUGUUGAGCGACUCUUCUAAGGUCGAAGAUGUUUUAAAAGAUGAAAUUUUGAUUGAAGACUCAUUAUGGGCAGAAAGCAUAACAAUUGAAGACGAUGAAGAGGACGAAGAAGAUAUCUACAAUAUAAGUUUAAUAACUGCUCCAAUUCCGCCGCAAAUUACACAAAAUUCGGAAGUUCCAAAAACCUCUACAAAAAAUAUGACAAUGGAAACUAAACUCCCCGUCAAAGGAUGCUACAAAGGCCGACAUAUAAAAUGCGAUAUAUGUGGAAGAACAGUUCAAAAACUUCGUUUUGACAACCACAUGAAUGGACAUCUAGGUUUAAAGCCCUACAAAUGUGAACGAGGCUGUAAGGAAGACGACGAGACGGCACACUUUGCGUGCAAGUACAAACGUCAGGAACAUUAUCGAAAGGUUCACGAUGGUUUCAAGUAUACAUGUGGAUUUUGCGGUCGACCGUAUGGAACCCGUCAGGGCUUGUUUAGUCACAAACAGAGGCAUCCCAAUUGUAGUACGCAGUCGCAGAAUUGAAGGCAAAAUUCCAUCGUUGUUUAGUAUUAAAAUAAAACAUGACAUGUCCGAUCGCAAUACCACUUCUUCAUAUUUUAUGAUUAGUGGGCAACAAUGGAGCAAUCAUCCUAAUUUUUAUAUUAAAAAAUGAAUAAGAACAAUCAAAAAGAUCUAUUUUGUAUAUAAAACUCAGUGUUGUGGUGAAAAAUGCUUGGUAUAUUAGGGUAACCAAUAUAAUUUGUACCCCCUGAGUCGUAUUACCACGAUUUUCACAGAUUUAAUGGAGAGAUGAAAAGUUCUUCUAAUCAUCCUUAGUUAAUCAAGCGUUUAGAAUGUGAUCCAUCAUAUGCAAGUGGCAGUUUCUUCAAAAAUAGUUUUAAACGGGUUUAAACACCGGGUGUCCAAAAUAUAUACUGAAGAGGGUCCACAAUUCAUUGGGCUCCAAUGAUUGGGGUAUCCAAAACAGUGAAAACAGCUUUGUUUUCACCGUCCGUUCCGUAAGAUUUACGUCGCAGCCUUCAGUAAUUGUCACGAAACUAUCGUACGACUCUGGUAGACUGGCCAUGAUAAAAUUGCACUUCAAUUCUUCCGCAAUGUCACAUCCAACUUCCGCUUUCAGCUCCAUGUCAAUUUUCAGCAACUUCACUAUCACGAACCACUAAACUGUUCCUUGAACCACUGUUUACUGUUCUUCUAGCGUAUAUGAGCCUCUGCAC